AUGGCAAAGAGAAGAACUAAGACAAGAACACAUACCAAGGUGAGUGAGGAAGAACUCGCCAAGAUCCCUCGGUCAAUGGUACUUCGAUUAGGUCUGAGCUUACAGAAUCAUCUGUUGUCACAAUUAGUCAAGGACUUUAGAAAUAUCAUGCAACCACAUACGGCUAUCAACUUACGGGAGAGAAAGUCCAAUAGACUCAAGGAUUUCAUUGUUAUGGCAGGACCUUUAGGAGUGUCUGAUUUAUUUGUAUUCCAUCAAUCUGAAGAAUCAGGUAAUAUUUCUUUAAGAUUAGGUAAGAUGCCUAGAGGUCCUACAUUACAGUUUAGAAUCAAUACUUAUGCUUUAGCCAAAGAUGUUAGACGGAUUUUGAAACGUCCAAAGUCUUUAGGAAAGGAUUCCACUGAGUUUUUACAUCCUCCAUUAUUAGUUAUGAAUGGAUUUCUGACCAACAUGAAGGAAGCUGAUAAUCAUGAGAAAUUAAUGGUUACGGUUUUCCAAGGAAUGUUCCCUCCAAUUCAACCACAGAAUACCAAAGUUUCUUCUAUAAAAAGAGUCCUCAUGAUAAACAAAGAUAAGGAAACAGGUACCAUAGAAUUGAGACAUUAUGCUAUUUCCACUAAACUUGUGGAGGAGAAUAGAAACAUCAAGAAACUUAUUAAUUCUCAUCACAACCCCAAAAAGAGUUUACCCAUCAUGACAAAAAAUCAAGAUGUUUCUGAUUUAUUAUUAGACCCUUAUUCAGUGGGUGGGUUAACUUCUGAUUCCGAGAUUGAGGAUGAUGCCAUUGUGGAAAUCAAAAACGAGCAAGUCAUCAAGAAAACAACCACUGCCAAUGAGUCGGCACCUUCUGCAUCGACUUCUACAACCAGAAAGAGGGCCAUCAAGUUAAUUGAAUUGGGACCAAGAAUCUCUAUGGAUCUUUAUAAGAUAGAAGAAGGGUUGGUAGGAUCCUCAAAGACCAUUUACCAUUCGCAAGUCCACAAGACCGACAAGGAGUUGAAACAAUUGAACAAGAAACAUGCACUCAUGAAACAAGAGAAGGCACAAAGAAGAGCUUUACAAAAGGCCAAUGUCGAUGCAAAAAAGGCAAAAAAGGAAGAGAAGAAGGCAAAGAGAAAGGCCAAACAAAAUGAACAAACUGAACAAACUGACGAUGACGAAGUUGAAUCCAGUGAAGAUGAAAUAAAUCCUGACGAUUACGAAAAUGAUAGUGAUUUGUUCAGUGAUAUUGAAAAGUAG